UUUAAGAACAUAUUCACUCCACACUCCAUCAUCACUCUCUCUCUCAACUUUUCUCUCCCCACUUUCCUCCAUUACACCAGCACCAUCAAUGGCGGCCACUUCACCAUCAAUGGAAUCCCUAAUCCUUCAACUCCACGAAAUCUCCGCCGUAAAAUUCGGCAACUUCAAGCUCAAAUCCGGCAUAUCUUCCCCUGUAUACAUCGACCUCCGGUUAAUAGUAUCUUACCCUUCUCUCCUCUCUCAAAUCUCCCAAACCCUAAUUUCCGCCGUCGCUUCUUCCUCCCCUCCAGCGACCUUCGACGUCAUUUGCGGCGUUCCUUACACUGCUCUUCCUAUUGCUACCGUCGUUUCCGUCGCUAAUAACAUUCCCAUGCUCAUGCGUCGGAAAGAGGUUAAAUCUUAUGGUACUGGAAAAGCCAUUGAAGGUGUUUUUACUCCUUCUCAAACUUGCCUUAUUAUUGAAGACCUUGUUACUAGUGGUGCUUCUGUUCUUGAAACUGCUGCUCCUUUGAGAGAUUCCGGACUUAAGGUUACUGAUGCUGUUGUUCUCAUUGAUAGGGAACAAGGAGGGCGAGAAAAUUUGGCAGAAAACGGGAUUAGAUUGCACUCAAUAUUGAAGCUGAGUGAGAUGGUUGGAGUUUUGAGGAGGUUGGGUAAGGUGGAUGAUGAAACAGAGAAGAUGGUAUUGAAGUUCCUGGAGGAGAAUAAGAAGGUCUCUGUUCCGAAUAUGGGGAAAGAGAAAGUUGGGGGAUUAAGAAUGGGUUACAUGGAGAGGUCCAAGUUAACUAAAAAUGAGACUGGUAGGAAAUUGUUUGAGAUAAUGGUUAAAAAGGAGACUAAUUUGUGCUUAGCUGCUGAUGUUGGUACAGCAGCUGAGUUACUUGCCUUGGCUGAUAAGGUUGGAUCAGAAAUCUGUUUACUGAAAACUCAUGUUGAUAUAUUGCCUGAUUUUACCCCCGACUUUGGCUCAAAACUUCGCUCGAUUGCGGACAAGCAUAAUUUCCUUAUCUUUGAGGAUCGUAAGUUUGCUGAUAUUGGUAAUACUGUAACUAUGCAGUAUGAAGGUGGUGUCUAUCGCAUCUUGGAUUGGGCUGACAUAACUAAUGCUCACAUUAUCUCAGGCCCUGGGAUUGUAGAUGGUCUAAAGUUGAAGGGUUUGCCUCGUGGUAGGGGUCUCUUGUUGUUGGCUGAAAUGAGUUCUGCUGGUAACCUUGCAACUGGAGAUUACACAGCAGCAGCUGCAAAGAUCGCUGAGGAUCACUCAGAUUUUGUUAUAGGUUUUAUCUCGGUUAAUCCAGCAUCUUGGAAAUGUGGACCAGUAAACCCAGCCCUUAUACAUGCUACACCUGGAGUUCAAAUGGUAACUGGUGGUGAUGCCCUUGGCCAGCAGUACAACACUCCGUAUUCAGUUAUCUAUGAUAGAGGCAGUGAUAUAAUAAUUGUUGGUCGUGGAAUUAUUAAAGCAGCGGAUCCUGGAGAGACUGCUCGUGAAUACCGACUUCAAGGAUGGAAUGCUUAUUUGGCCAAAUGCACAUAAGUCAAACCGGUCUGUUUGGACUUUCUCAGUUUUGCAUUAUGGUAGCGUGACUUUUCCAAUAAUCUUUGACUUUGUUUGAGGGAAGACCUUGAUAUCAAUGAGGGUUCAAAUCUCUUCUAGUUAGGCAUUAGAUCUGGUCGAGUUAUCUAUGAUUCUAUAUUGUAUUUCACAAGGUGAUGGUUUGGAUGCUGCAUAAUGCCAAUGAGGGUUGAUAUCUUUUAUAGUUAGCCAUUAGAUCUGGUCGAGUUAUCUAUGGUUCUAUUUGUAUUUCAUGAGGUGAUGGUUUUGGCUGCUGCCUAAUGCCUUUGGCAAAUUGCUACCCAUGUAUGGUUAUAUAUAAGUAUGGGAAAGUAUAUGAAGUAAUAAGUUGGGUUUUUGCAAUUA